AUCUGCUGGUCAAUACUACGAGCACAAUAACCUUCAGUGUAAAUUGUUUAGAGUAUAUGACAUCAUCCAUGAUUUAGUGGAGCGCCGGUUAAAAAAAAAAAAAAAAAAAAAGGCGGUCUUUCCUCCAAGGACGUCAGUGUUUUUCCUUCAAGUGAGACACCAAGAGGUCUAAAAGCAGACAGCCUCCGUCAAAUAACAGAAGGCAUGCUUGUGCAAUGUCACUGCUCGUCUGCUGCUUGCUCCGACAGGAACCACUGAGGCGCCACGCUGGAAGGAAUGACCAGAAGGAAGGUCACUUUUAGAAUAACCAACAAUGACUGACAGUCAACAGCAUCCUGGAUUGUAUGGAUUUCUUCACUCGGAGGAGGGGAGCUUUUCUUUUUGCCGUAAAGGAUGAAAUAAGACACAAGAAGACCACACCAGACCGGGAGUUGAGCAGGGAUGUUGGCAAUGCCGCGCCACAACUCCUCUGGCAUUUUUGCUCCCUUGCCCCCGUCCAACCACAGCGCCAUCAUGUUCCGUAACGCCACCCGGCCUCCAAACAGUCCCACGGCGGCCGGCGUCACCAUGACCCUCGGAAUCAUCUUCAACGUGGUGGCGCUCGUCAUUCUCGCCAAAGCCUACAACCGAUUCCGGCGGAGGUCAAAGGCCACGUUUCUCCUCUUCGCCAGCUGUCUGGUGGCGACUGAUCUGGCGGGACACGUCAUCACAGGGACUCUGGUGCUCAGAAGGUACUCCACAGAUGUCGUGACCGCGGCUGACCCUCCGUCCAGCUUUCCAGGUGACCUGGUGACCCAUCCGGAUGUCUCCUGUUUGGUUUUGGGCGGCUGCAUGGUGUUUUUCGGCCUGUGCCCGCUCUUCCUGGGCUGCGCCAUGGCGGCCAAGCGCUGCCUGGGCGUCUCCAGACCUUUGCUGCACGCUCGUCUCGUCACCACGGCGAGGACAAAGAUGGCGCUGGUCCUCAUCUGGCUGCUGGCGCUGUGCGUGGCCGUGCUGCCGUUCUUCGGAUUCGGAGCGUACACGUACCAGUACCCGGGCACCUGGUGCUUCAUCAGGGUGAUGGAAGGCACCAGAGCCACGGACCUGGCCUUUGUGACGCUGUACUCUGGACUUGCGCUGAGCUCGCUGGCCUUGGCCUUCGUGUGCAACACCAUCAGUGGCAUCACGCUGGUGAGAGCGCGACUCAAGAAGAAGUCCAGCUCCCAGCGCAGCUCGGCCGGGUCUCACGACACUGAGAUGGUGGUCCAGCUGGUCGGCAUCAUGGUGGCUUCUUGCAUCUGCUGGAGCCCUCUGCUGGUCUUCGGACUGAUGUCGGCCACCCGGUCCUACAGUGGCUCCCUGGACGACGACCUCGACACCUACAGAAACCUAAUGGUGACCGGCGUCAGGAUGGCGACCUGCAACCAGAUCCUGGACCCGUGGGUCUACAUCCUGCUGCGGCGCGCCAUCCUGCGGAAGAUCUACAGCAUCACAAAGCGGCAGGCCAGCGUGAGGGGAAGCAUGAUGCGCUCUUUCCGCUGGGAGGUCAGCUCCCCUCAGACCUCGGAGAAACACAACGUUAAGAUCUGAGGGAGGGAGAGCGCACGCCGGCUGGUAACCCUCUCGUCUGGGCCAGAACACGGCGUUCCAAAUGAUCAAGUGGCGGGAACAAGGUGCCAUCUUGUCUCGUGUUUACUAUAUAUACCAGUGGUUCUCAAACGUUUAUCACCAAGUACCACCUCAGAAAAGACCAUAAUGACCCACAUUACAAUACAGUAGCGCAGUAGGCCCAAGUAUUCAUUACAAACAAGGCAGAGAUUUUAUUUAACAAGCAUAUUUCAUAAUUUCGGACAUUCUAACAUAACACACAGAUUGAACAGUAACACUGUGUUUAAUAUUUAUGUGUGAAGUAUCCCACACCAAAAUUCAACAAUUUAUUAUUAUUCUUCCACUCGUGAUAAAGUUUGCCAGCUUUGACAGCCCGCAGUUUCCAUCAGAUUGGAACCGUUCAAGUAUCAAAAACGGAUCCCAGAUUACCCAGAAUUCCCGGUUUUCCUGGACAUUGUUCCCAUUGAAAAUGGAUGGGACAUUUUUCAAACUGGUAGAAUUCCCAAAUUUCUUACACGGUUGGAACCAUUCCACUUUCAACACCUUUCAUUCAUUCUAGACAAUCAAAUUACAAUUUUUCCAAGUUCAAAAAAAUUCCAGGAAUUCCCUGUUUUUCUACGCCUUAAUUCUACCUUUCGAUCUAAAGUUUUCACUGUGAACAUUUGUCACUCAUUUCCAACCAUUUCAUCAUCAAAACAUUCCUCUAAUGUUUGGGAAAUCAAAAGUUCCUUUUUUUGUACAAAUUUCUGGUUUUCCCUAAAUUUUCAGGAAUUCCGAAAUACCAAUUUUAAAUUAAAAGUUCUGGACCGAUUUAAAAAAAUACCAACACCAACCCAUUCAUAUUAUAUAGAACAAUUGUGAUAUUAUAGAUGUUUCAAACAUUUACAGUUUUCCCAAAAUUUACACAUUUCCAGGAAAAGUCCAACUCCCAAAUCUCUCACCUUCUUGCAACAUUUUUUACCCGAUUUAAGCCUUUCAACCAGCCGCACACUCUACACACCCUAGAUAGUGUCACUACGACAAUAUUUCUGGACCAAUUAAAACAAUUCCAACACCAACCCAUUCAUAUUUUUUUAAAACAAUUGUGAUAUCAUCGAUAAUUUAAAAAUUCCCAGUUUUCCCGAAAUUCCCAAAUUUUCCAGGAAAUGUCCAACUGUCAUAUUUCUCACGUUCUUGGGCCAUUUUUUUUACCCGAUUCGAACCUUUCAACCAUCCACACGCUCCACUCACCCUGGAUAUCAAAGGAAAAAACAUGUUUCCCAUUUCCCCAAAUUCUCGUUUUUCCCGUAAUGUCCAGGAAUUCCAAAAUACCAAUUUUCGAUUAAAAGUGUUAGUACGUCAACAUUUCUGGACACAUUCAGAAAAUUCCUACACCAACCCUUUCAUAUUAUCUAAAACAAUUAUAAUAUUAUAGAUGAUUUUAAAAAAUUCACGGUUUUCCCGGAAUUUCAGAAUUUCCAGGAAAUGUCCAACUCCCAAAUCUCUCACCUUCUUGUGACAUUUUUUACCCGAUUCAAACCUUUCAACCAUCCACACACUCUACUCACCCUGGAUACUGAAGGCGAAAACAUGAUUCCCAUUUCCCCAAAUUAUCAGGUUUCCCGGAAUCUCCAGGAAUUCCGAAAUACCAAUUCUCAAUUAAAAGCGUUACUACGUCAACAUUUCUGGACUGAUUUAAAAAAUUCCAACACCAACCCAUUCAUAUUAUCUAAAACAAAUCAUUUUAAAACUCACGGUUUUCCCGAACUUUCUGAUUUUCCAGGAAAUGUCCAACUCCCAAAUCUCUCACCUUCUUGCGACAUUUUUUACCCGAGUCAAAGGGUUCAACCA